AUGCACACGCGCUUGCGCACACACCACACCCCCGCUCCCCCAGUCCGGACUAACGGACCUGCUCCUCUCGCUCCGGCGGGUCCUCGGGGCCAACUCCCGGGAGAAGGGGCGUUCUGUCUCAGCGGGCGCCAGCUGGGCAAGGCUCUGCAAGUCUCGCCCUAUCUCCGCUGCUUCCAGUGCGGGGAUUCAAGCCCAGAGCCUCUGACUGCCGCGCGAUCGCAGCCGACCCGAAGCUCAGGGACUGUCCCCGCGGCGCCGCCUCCUGGCUGUGAGCCCGGCUUCCCGGCCCAACACCCGCGCCGGGGCCCCGCGACAGCCGGGCUCUCACGGCCCUCCCCGCCGCCUCCCGCGCCCGCCCUCCUCUCCCUCCUCCCAGCUCGCCUGUGGUCCGCCGCCCGCCGCCCGCCGCCCGAGGUCCGCCCCUAUCCCGGUCGGCAGGCGGGCGCGCACAGCAGCGCGGAGCCACCGCUGCCUUGCUGCCCCGGCCCCACGCGCACUCAUUCACCCAGCGCUGCCAAUCAGCGGCAGGAGAACCGGCGCCUGGUUCUCAGCCUGGCGCUAGCAACCACACGCUCCGAGGGCCGCUCAGCGCACACACCCACAAGCUCGCCAUUCUGGGGAAACACCCUCCGGUGA